GUCCAUCAUUUUAUUUUAUCAGUUUCGCUGUAUCGUUUGAGGUGUUACGUUGUGUGAUGCAUACCAAAGCGCAGCUUUGUUGACGUACGAGUUUUAGAAGUGUUUUUAGUGUUUUGAUUUUUGUGGAAACUAUAUUAUUGUUUUUUGAUUUCUGGAUUAUCUCUUCUUGUGCUCAAAAUGAUGAAACAUGUGCAGCUGUCUCCUUACAGGAGCAGAGCUGACACAGUGUCCCUCAGUUCAACGGUUUCGUAUGGCAGUCUAAGUCCAGAACCACUAGGCAGCAGAUCUUCCAGUUAUUCGUCUUUGAAUGAAUCUGUACAGACAACAAUCAAAGUGUAUGCUAGAUGUCUACGUCCCGAUAUUGAAUACAAAACCCUCAGUAUCACUUUCCAAACGACCUGUAAGGAAGUUGUGGCGACUUUGCUUGGAAAAUACAAGAUGAAGCAUAGAGAUCCGAAGCUGUUUUAUCUUUCGAUGGAAGUCACGGUGAGGAAAGCUGGUGUGAAGACGCAUUUGGCGUUGGACGAAGAGGCCAGACCUGCCGUGCUUCAGAGCUGCCAUCCUAAAGGAGAUUCCAAAUUCUCCCUUCAAACCCGUCGAGGAGGAUUAGUAAAAAUCUAUGACUCAGCUUUGAACAACAAUUCCCAGUACAAGAGUCUCCUGAUAAGUGCCAGAACGACGUCAGAUGAAGUCAUCUCCUUGCUGCUGACUUGCAGCAACAGCAAGGAGAGAGUAGAGCAGUUUUCCAUCUAUGAAGUCAACACGGAUAGAGAACAACAAAGGAAACUACACCCAGAUGACAGGCCUCUUCAGGUUCAACAAACGUGGCUUCCAUCCCACCAGUGCCAUUUUCUAAUCAGAAGGAAUCCUGAUUACUUGCCGUUAUCUAGAAGGAAGAUAUUCUGGGUGUCAGAAUUGCCUCCUUUGCCAGCCUCUCGAACGUUCAGGACGUCACAACCCAUCUCCCUGCCACACACUCACACCAGCAGCACCAACAACAACUCUUGCAGCAGCUUAAUACCGUUUUCCCGAUCUCACCAAUCAACAACGCCCUCCGCCGACAAUCAAAGCGAGGAACAACUAAAUCAAAGUGAAAAACCCAAACAAAAAGACGCUACCAUUGUGAAAAACAAAAACUCUAACUUGAAAAUCUGGAGCAGUAGUUCUCAACUUUCAAAAAGUGAUAGUGAACAGUCUUAUGCGGACUACGAAAACUAUUUUUAUAUUUAAUUUUUUCGCACCUAGAUCUUUGACAAACUCGAGACAUUAUGGGUUAUCUCAAAUGUUACUUCUUCGAUUUUUUGUUACCUUCACCUAAUUAUCUUAAAACUGACGUCAUUCUAUUGUUUUAACCUCAAAAGAUAGCUACGUGUCACUACCAUAGACAGGUAUUAUAUGUCUAUGGUGAUUACUAUGACAUAUACAUACAUUUGAGAUAACUCACACUCAAGUCAAACUGUUUAAUCCUCGAGCUUGUCUUUGAAAUAGACAAUUAUUUUUGUAAUUUUUGUUAUGAUUUUUUUUUUGUAAAAUUUUGUAUAUAGUCUACGUGUGUUAUCUAGUUUUUUAUGUGAUAUGCAGCUUGACAUUUUGUUUUGAAACCAAAGAAUCUUUUAUUGGCAGCUAUUCAAAAAGUUUUGUAUACCGUGGAUCAGUGGUUCCCAACCUUUUAUGUCUGGCGACCCACCUUCUGAUGUUUUUUCAUAUUCGCGACCCAUCCCUCAUCCAUGAUUAUAUAUAUGUACGUUAUUCAGCUACUGUAAGAUCUACGCCACGACCCACCUGAAAUCCGCCCGCGACCCACUGGUGGGUCGCGACCCACCGGUUGGGAAACGCUGCCGUGGAUCAUUCUUCUAAAAUAUAUCAAAAGUUUUUCUAUAUGUAUUGAUAUUAUAUGUAUCUGCAUUUUUUUGAAAAAAAAUAUCUCUUAGUCUAAUUAUAUUUAAAAACGUCUGCAAAAUGUUCAUACAGUAUGUACCUGUAAGUUGUAUCCAUAUGGAAAACUUUUUUAUUAUUAAUUUUACGAAAGAAAGUUAUUCUUUAUAAAAAGCUGUGCAUGGUCCAAAACCUAAGAUUUAACCAUCAAAUAUCAAAUUUUUUGAAUAUUAUACGAGGUAUGUUAAAAAGUUUGAAUUUCGUUAAAGAGAAGUAGCAUUAUUUUUCACAAUAUUGUAAAUUGCUAUUAUGAAAAGUUGUUUGGAAUUAAAAACUACAUUCUAGUAUGCAAUUACAUCCUUCUAAUUGAAAUUUUUUUUUGAAAAUAUAUGGAUAUCAUUUUCAGUUAUUUCAAUUCAGAUAACUCUUUUAUUAUUAAUUUUACGAAAAAAAGUGAUUCUUAAUAAAAAGUUCUGCAUUAUCUAAAACCUAAAAUACAACCAUCUUAUGUCAAAUUUUAUCAAUUUUAUACGAGGUAUGUCAAAAAAUAUGAAUUUCGCUCAAGAGUAAAAUACGUUUGUUUUUCAGAAUAUCGAAAAUUGUUAUUAUGAAAAGUUAUUUACAAUUAAAAACUAUGUUUCAGUAUGUAAUUACAUCCUUCCAAUUGAAAUAUUCUGAACUAUAAAGGUACUUUACUUUUGAUCUAAAUUUAUCUUUUUUGACAUACCUCGUAUAAAAUUGAUAAAAUUUGAUAUAAGAUGGUUGUAUUUUAGGUUUUAGACCAUCCAGAACUUUUUAUUAAGAAUCACUUUUUUUCGUAAAAUUAAUAAUAAAAGAGUUAUCAGAAUUGAAAUAACUGAAAAUAGUGUUAGUUGUCCGUAAUUUUUCAAAAAAAAAUUUUUCAAUUAGAAGGAUGUAAUUGCAUAUUAGAAUAUAGUUUUUAAUUCCAAACAACUUUUCAUAAUAGCAAUUUUCAAUAUUGUGAAAAAUAAAGCUACUUUACUCUUGAGUGAAAUUCAAACUUUUUGACAUACGUCGUAUAACAUUCAUAAAAUUUGAUAUCUGAUGGUUGAAUCUUGGGUUUUGGACCAUGCAGAACUUUUUAUAAAAAAUAACUUUACUUUUCGUAAAAUUAAUAAUAAAAAAGUUUUCCAUAUGGAUACUAUAACUUACAGGGACAUACUGUAUAUCUAUAAAUGACAUGUAAAUACUUCAUACGGGUGUUGUUAGUCCCGUAGAACUUUUGUUACCAUUAUUUUUUUUAUUUUUAUCACUUUUAGAAAGUUAUCAAAACAAUGCACACACCAAUACAGUUAUUUAUGGAUGCUCUCAAAAGUAUGUAUAACCGCAAAUGUCCUGUCCUUACUAGUUAUACUAUUUACAUUACACGUAUAUACGUAUUUUUAUAUUUGCCCUCGUUGUCUCAUUCUUUUUCUUUUAAAAAGUUUGUUGGGCACUAAAUGUUUCAUUUACCUUGUUCUUUUAAGAGAUGCCAUUUUUGUACUUAAAAACACGAACUGAAGAUUGAAUUGAGCUCAAAAUUUAUUUUCAUGACGCAUUCUUACUAUAAAAAUAAUAUUUUCUUUUGUUUUGUAACCAUUCAUUUUUUUAAAUUAUCGCAUUACAUACUUGUAUUAUAAAAUAAUAAUAUGUUUCUGCUAAGAAUAUAAUUCAGAUUAUUUACCGUCUUCUGUGUACUUUAUUUUUAGGACUCUUUUUCUUCUUUUUAACUGAUAUGUGUAAUAACAAAAAUAAUCUACUAAAAUGCUUAGCCAAAGAUUAUUUUUAAGGUAUGUUUGGGUUUCAAAAUUAUAGUGCAAUUAUUGUUUUGGAGAGAAAAAACCGCAGUGCCUCUUAUGUAUGUUAAGGAAUGAGUGAAUAACUUUAAUAUUUUUGUCAAUUAGGAAGAUAAUUUAUCGUACUAAAGGAAUCCGCUAAUCUUUUACGUUUUAAUCACUCUUUGUCUGUAUUUUCCUAUUGCUUCUAGGUCUACAAUAAGUAGAAGAAGUAAGUGGUGAAGAUUUGUGGUUCCUGUUGUAACAAAUUUUAUAUUCUGUAAUAGAGACUCAGAUGUUUAUAACAAUAAUCAUUUAUGGAAUAUAAAAGUUGAAUAUUGAGUUGUAUAUCAGUGUUUUAUGUGUAUUUUAUGUUAAACCAAAGAAUCGUGUAUUUUGUAAAUAUAAAAUAUUGUCAAUGAUAUUGUAUAAUAAAAAAUUAAGUCUUUUA